AUGGGGGACCUGGACGACCACACGCCCGACGAGAUCUUCUGCAACAGUCAGGUGUUCGACAUCGACUUCCACCCGCUGACGGACAUCGUGGCUGUGGGCUCCAUCGACGGCGUCGUGGAAGUCUACAAGUACUCGGAGGAGGCCAACACCAAGGUUCUGGAGCUGAAGAACCACCAGGAGGCGGUGCGCGCGCUGCUCUUCGCCCCCGAUGGACAGACUUCGGCGGACAAGUCGAUCCGGGCCUUCGACACGCUCGGAAACCCCACGUGGGCGGAGAUGCGUGCCCACGACCACCCGGUCAACCGCCUGCACGAGUUGUCGGCGAAUGUUUUCGCGAGCGGUGACGACCAAGGUUGCGUCAAGAUUUGGGACACACGACAGCACCGGUGCCUGUCCGAGUUCAAGGAGCACACGGACUACAUUUCCGGUUUCGCGACCACCCCAGCGCAUGAACACUUUUUGCUGGCGACGAGCGGCGACGGACGCUUGUCGGCUUACGAUCUGCGCAAGAACGCAUUGGCGGGCAAGAGUGACGAGUUGGACGACGAGCUUCUCUCGGUGGCGGUGGUGAAGAACGGCCGCAAGAUUGUGUGCGGCUCGCAGGACGGUGUGCUCGUCAUCUUCAGCUGGGGCACGUGGGGAGACAUGUCGGACCGAUUCCCCGGCCACCCUGAGUCCGUUGAGGCUCUGCUCAUGGUGGAUGAGGACACUGUUCUUACAGGAUCGAGUGACGGCAUCGUUCGUGUGGUGCAGCUGCACCCGAACAAGCUUCUGGGGCUGAUCGGAGACCACGAAGACUUCCCGGUGGAAAACCUCAAGUUCUCUCACGACAAGAAGAUCAUCGGAAGCGUCUCGCACACCAACAAGGUGCACUUCUGGGACGUCGGAUACCUUUUCGAUGAGGAUGACGGUGAAGACGAGGAUGUGGCAGAUGAAAACGAGGAGAAGGCCCCGGCUGGUUUAUCUAUGGAUACCGAGAUGCAGGACGCAGACAGCGACAGCGACAGUGAUGAUUCGGACAUGGGCGAUGCGGCUGGCGGUCGCCGGGCGUUCCCUACGGCCAACGAGCAGUUCUUCUCGGACUUGUAGUAAAGUAGGAGGUGUUCGUUGAGAUAGAUGGAGGAGGUUAACCCAACCAUACAGUAUUUUUCAAGGUC